CAUUCUGGGGGAAUUAUGGCCUCUGUUUGUCAUCAUCUGGUUAGUAUUAAUCUGAAUGCUAUGCAGGAAGAGAUGGACGGGGUGAAAGCACUUCUAUUAGGAAUUAUGUUUAUAGCUGCACAAUUGCCUCAUAUUUUGUCCUUCCCGACCACGGCACCUGCGUUUCUGUGGUCUCCGCACCAUUUGAGUUUGUCUCAUUAUGGUGUUAAAGAAGUUGUUGAAUACCGCACAAUCUCUCCAAAGAAUUUAGCCAAAUCAGUUCUGUCAGAGGGUGGUUGGUCAAACUUGGUGUGCUCUGGGAAGGACCUUCAUGAGAAUGUGGAUGUUGCACUUGUUUUUGUUGGGAGAAAGUUGCAAUCCUCAGACAUCUCUAAAACCAAGUACCUGGAUCCAUCUUUGCUAGACACGUUAAAGCUGUCGUUCACAAGUUCAAAUUUUUUUAUGGCAUUUCCAUAUGUGGCCAUAUCAGAUGAAGAUGACACAUUGGAAAAUUCCUUGAUGUUGGGAUUUGCUGAAAGCUGUGGGGAUGGAUUAAAAGUGAAUCAUAUUGCUUACUUGGACUCUUGUUCUGUUAAUGGGCAAAACCUUAAGAAGCUUCAAGGCCUGCAUUCAGUACAUGACUUCUUGGCAUCAAGGAUGGAAACAAGGGUAAGUGGGCAGACAGAUCUGAUUGUUUUCUGCAAUGGAGGUUCCAAGGAAUCAGAUCACACCCCGUCAGAAGGGGAGGUUUUAUCGGAACUAAUCAGUUCACUGGAGCAGUCUGGUGCCACAUAUACAAUUCUUUAUGCUUCUGAGCCAUACAGGUCAUUUCAGUACCCUACUCACCUGUCUUUGAGUAGGUUUCUUGCUGAAGACACCAGCACCAACGGUUCAUUUAAUUCUACCUUCUGUGAUGGAGUUUGCCAAAUUAAAACAUCACUACUAGAAGGGAUUUUUGUUGGGAUUGUUCUGCUCAUAAUAUUGAUAUCAGGUCUUUGCUGUAUGAUGGGUAUUGACACUCCUACAAGAUUUGAGACUCCAGGGGAAUCCUGAAGUGUCCUUCUGGAAGAGUUCAUUGUAUCAACCAGGUGGAAUUUUCAGAAAGAACACAGAUACAUGUGGAGUGUGGUUCAUAUGGGUCUGAAAUGUUGUCUGAUGUUGUACCUUCUCAUUUUGUAAGGUGCCUUUGGUUUUCUAUUCAAUAAUCUACAGCCGGAGAAGGCCAAUUUUUAUGACAGCGGUAUUAACUCUUUAUUAAGAUUUCAAGAUCUGGCAAUAUUUUUGGCUAAAUUUUAUUGUACAGGAUUUUUGUUGUACUAUAAUUUUGUGCUGCUUUGUUUUUAA